AAUUAGACAUUAGCAUAACCAAACGUCUGAAGAGUACUGAAAUCCAGGAGGGAGAAGAUUGCACUUUUGAGUGUAUUUUAUCCCGUGAAAGCAUUGAUGGAUUCCACUGGACACUGAAUGGGAACAAAGUAGAAAACAGUGGACAAUUCGAAAUAUUUAACACAGGUCGAAAAUAUGUGCUCAAUAUCAAAGGUGCGACUCUUGCUGAUGCUGGAGAAGUCAUUUUCACUGCCAGUGGUCUAAUCUCCAAGGCCUCUCUCGUUGUGAAAGCCAUUCCAGUAGUCUUUGUAAAAAAGCUCCAAAACGAGGAAGCCAAGGAAGGCUCUACGGUAACCCUCCAUGCCGAGCUCUCAAAACACGAUGCACCAGUGAGAUGGAAAAAAGGGUCCAUCUUGCUCCAAGCCAGCAACAAAUAUGAAAUGAAGCAGAUGGGCUCUACUGUAGAGCUGCUCAUCCACGACCUACAACUGAAGGAUGCUGGGGACUACAUCUGUGAUUCUGGAGAUGAGCAAACUACGGCAUCCUUAUCAGUGAAAGCUUUGCCGGUGACCUUUACAAAACCACUCCAGAACACGCAAGCAGAAGAAGGAGAUACUAUCACUUUGAGCUGUGAACUCUCAAAACCAAAAGCCACGGUGCAGUGGAAGAAGGCUGGGGCAGUGCUGAGACCAAGUGACAAAUACAUAAUGUGCCAGAAGGGUUCUGUGGCUGAGCUGACGAUUCACAACUUGAAGCAAGAUGAUGCUGGAGACUACCUGUGUGACACUGGGGACCAACAAACCUCUGCGUCUGUGCUUGUGAAAGCUAAACCAGUGCUGUUUAAGGAGGAGCUGAAAAACGUGGAGUCCAAGGAAGGGGGAACGGCCGUCCUGCACUGCGAGAUCUCCAAGCCGGAUGCUCCUGUUGAGUGGAGGAAGGGUGGCAAGGUCCUGGAGCCCAGCGACAAGUACGAGAUGAAGCUGAAGGGCAGCGUCGCUGAGCUCAUCAUCCACGGUGUGGAGCCUGGUGACGCUGGGGCUUACACGUGUAGCACUGAAUCCGCAAUCACCACGGGUUCUGUGCAUGUGCAAGAACCAGAAGUAACCAUUGUGGAGAAAAUGAAGGACCUGACUGCACAGGAAGGAGAAGAUGCAGUGUUUGAAUGCAAGCUGUCCCGGGAGACAAGUGAAGAGAGCCAGUGGUUCCUGGGGGACCUUCGCCUGCAGAGCAACGAACUGACUGAGAUCAGAGCUCAAGGGAACGUUCACACCUUGGUCCUGAGGAAGGUGACCCCAGAAGACAGUGGAGCCAUCCGCUUCCAAGUGGGGCAGCAAAGGGCAUCGGCACAUGUGAGAGUGGAAGCUAAACCAGUGCUGUUUAAGGAGGAGCUGAAAAACGUGGAGUCCAAGGAAGGGGGAACGGCCGUCCUGCACUGCGAGAUCUCCAGGCCGGGUGCUCCUGUUGAGUGGAGGAAGGGUGGCAAGGUCCUGGAGCCCAGCGACAAGUACGAGAUGAAGCUGAAGGGCAGCGUCGCUGAGCUCAUCAUCCACGGUGUGGAGCCUG